AUGGCCAAAACGGAUAGGACCUGGGAAUGUGAAUUCUGUUAUGAUCAGAAUUCUAAAUGCAAGAAUGCUGGAGAGCCGAUGAUGCAAAAGUUUGCAUCACAGGAGGAUCUGGUACAGCACAUAAUGCAUCAUCACCUGUUGAAAAGAGUCGAACAUGGUCGUACAGUUUUCGUUUGCACAUAUGGUCCCUCAGGGUUAUGCAGCAGCGCUGAUGCCUUUAAUUCUCAGUCAAAGAAACCAGCGACUUUCGAUUCUGAGUACGAUUAUGAGCGCCAUCUUGUUACCAGACACAUUAUUGGUAGCGGGAAAUCUUUGGUUCCGUCGCGAUUUAGAAAACCAAGUGUUCUUAGUUCACGUAAGUGUGUGGUGGUUCUACAUUUAGGUCGGAAGCACCUUUCUAUUCAUGCUGUGCUGGACAUAUUCUCCCGUUACUGGGGUGAUACAUUCGAGCGUGAACCUAUACCAUCCACACGAUUCCCUAUUAUUAAUAGAGAUGAGUUCCUCCCUUAUCUCAAUCUGCUAAGCAAGCGAAAGAGUUUUGUAACUUCCCCACAUCCUCCCGCGAAGCUGCUCUCCUCUCAGCCAAAUCCCUUGGAGUUGGAGGAAGCUAAAGUCUACUGCUCACCGGAUUUCGAUUUAUCUUCUCCGGAGACAUUCAAUAGAGUCAUUCCCCUGUAUCGGCGAGGUGUAUGCCCAAACCUUGUCCGAGUUUUUACCCAACAAAGCGAUCAGCUUUCCCAAUACCUUGAUGCUGUCGAAUUGGCCAUUGUUAAUCACGUGUCCGAGCGUUCCCCAGCCUUUUUUGAAGCUGUGCGUGAACACGACGUGGUGAAGGAUCAACUGAGUCAAACCAUCUCUGGCCUCAACGCUGUGCGGUAA